AAAGCCGUUCCAUUCCUAAAGUUGCCCGAAGGAUUAUGUCUCGAGAGUGCUUCGAAGUACCCACGAAAUAACCACAUUCUCGUGGGAAAGGACACCUGUGCGGCGCACCUGUCGCGCGCGGAAGCGCCUUAAAAGCUGGCGCAAGCUUUGGCUGAAAGCUGCGCCUCGGCAAAGGGACCGCCAGUUGACGGCCAACGAGCCCUGUAGUCUGUGCUGGGCAGCGCAUGGCAACAGGUCAGGCAGCGCACCGCCCACAGGAUCCAGUGCGUCGCAUCCGCAGCAUCCGCACAGCCUCGGAGUCCUCGUGGGCCGAUUGUUUUCGUUCAGCAAGCCUCCGCAAGGUGUUUGAAGGUCCCUUUCCCCGCGCGGACGAAUUGCGCGCCCCAAAAAUAACGGUUGCCCGCCCAGCCAGUCUGGUCCAGUCAGCUGAAUCGCAAUCCUUCCGGAUCCUUGGAGUGACGAGUGGCGUGUCGCCUUGGGCGCCAAAGUCGACGGCGGGCGUCGGAGCAGAAAUGCGUGCCGCGCCUCCUGAGCCUGAGCCUCUGCAAUUAGCCGGAUCCGGUGAACAGUUCCUCGUCCUGGGCGACUCCGGCGUGGGCAAGACCUGCCUCCUCUACCAGUACACGGAUGGCCGGUUCCACACCCAGUUCAUCUCCACCGUGGGCAUCGACUUCCGCGAGAAGCGGCUGCUGUACAACUCCCGCGGACGCCGCCACCGCAUCCACCUGCAGAUCUGGGACACCGCCGGACAGGAGCGCUUCCGUUCGCUAACCACGGCGUUCUACCGCGACGCCAUGGGUUUCCUGCUCAUCUUCGACCUGACCAGCGAGAAGAGCUUCCUGGAGACGGCCAACUGGCUGUCACAGCUGCGGACUCACGCCUACUCCGAGGACCCCGACGUGGUCCUCUGCGGCAACAAGUGCGACCUGCUGCAGCUGCGCGUGGUGAGUCGCGACCAGGUGGCGGCCCUCUGCCGACGCUAUCGGCUGCCGUACAUCGAGACGAGCGCCUGCACCGGGGCCAACGUCAAGGAAGCCGUGGAGCUGCUGGUGGGCCGCGUCAUGGAGCGGAUCGAGAACGCGGCCUGCAACCGCGAGUUCUCCCUGCUACUGACCCAGUCGCGCUGCCUGCCGAACAUCGCCUACAGCCAGCCGGAGGACCUGGUGCGACUCCACGACCGGCGUGAGGAGCCCUGCUCGCGGCGCAACUGCCGCAACUGCUAGGUGCCAUGCCCGUGGCCAAGUCACCCUGCUUUGUUCCUUGACUCAUGUUUCCGAAUCUAAGUGUGUUUCGCUGUAAAUAAAUGUUGAUUGUUGA